GCGAUGCGCGACUUUUCUUCAGCACGUCAAAGGAGCAACAGCCCGACGAGGAGCGCCGCGGUACUUUCCUGGUGUUUUGAUAAAGAAAGACAGAGCUGAGGAUGAAACUGAUCCUGUUCUUCGUUGUCUCCUGCCUCGCCCUACACAACGGGAUCGGAGCGCCCAGAACUGCCGUGUAUAAAUUUGUGAGAUGUAACCCUGAGGGCGACCAAGCCAACUGUGUGACUCAUCAAAGUCCACCAAUGGCAUGGAGUCCAGACCUACCAGGCAAACUGCCUGCUUCAACUGCACAGUAUCUAGAGGCAGAGCCCGUCGAGAGUGAAAUUCCACUGAGGGAGGAGGAAGAGGAGGAAGAUGUGUUGGAGGAGGAAACACCAAUGUUGAGCGAAGAGGGGGAGUCACCUAUGUUCUACAUGCCUGAGGAAGGUUCUGGAGGUUAUGAAGGCUCUGCUGCUGACAUUAUACCCAUGGCAGACCAGGCCUUUGAGGCAGCUGAAAGUGAGACAGGCUCUGGUCAGUCCUGGACAGAGAAAGACAUGAAGCUAGGUGAGGAUAGGAUGGGCAUGAGGCGGUUGUUCCCUAGCAGGUCUCUGGUUGGUGUGGCAAAACCAGCAGAGCAGGAGCUGAGAGAGGACCACCUUCUGCAGCUGUAGGCCGUACAGCCACCCAUUAACAGACACACAUACACAAGCCUAAGCAUCUAUUUUAUUUCCACCCUGCCUUUUCAAACAAAACAAGUAUUGCAUCGCCACCUGGUGGUGGAAAGACUUCACUGCUCAGAGAAUGACCAAAUAUAGGCCAAAUUUAUCUAUUUGUAUUUGCAGUGCAAUUGAUGAGAACUGUUCUCUUUCAGGGCAAACAGUUGUAAACGAUGAAGAAUUAACUGCCAAAGUAGAACACUGAUCUGCAUAAAUGAGACGUAUACACACUUUAAUUUUGUCGUCAUUGUCUUGUAUCAGUGCUUUCUUGUGGAAAUGAUGUGUAAGUCGGAAUAUGCUUUUUGAUAUAAAAUCAGAUAUAUGCUUUCAAAUAUUUGUAAUACCAGUGCAAUAAGAUGAUACCUUUGUCCAUGCAUUGUUCACUCUGUGCAGCUGUGGUUCCAACCAUUUUGUUGUAUUUUUUGGAGCCAUUUAGGCCUACGCUCCUUUAAGACACACAAAAACCAAGACUUAUUUAUAUUCUUUGACCCCUUUGUCUCAAAUUUUGUGACACUUUACACUUACUCAGAAGGGUUAUGAAACCUAUUUUGGGAACUUCUGGUCUGCAACAUUUAACAAGAGACUCUUGCAAACCCAAAUCCCUCAGGAAUGGAUUCAUGCAAUCUUAACCACUGUGAGCUGGAAUAUAUUCAAAUUAUGUAAUAUGCACAUGCAUGCAUUUCAACAUGCUCUGCAUUGUCUAAUUUGCAUUUGAACUACUUCUAUCAAUAAAGGAUUUAUAACAACAGUA